AUGGUUCAAAAACAAUCUAUAGGGCUCUAUGCCCUCUUAUUAUUACCAUUGACAAAGGCCAUGGUGUAUCCGACGGCUUCUACAACUGCCGCUGCUCAUGAUUCAUUGCGGCCGGAUCUCGCUGAAGCAACACCCUGGGCAGACUCCGGUCUUAGGGGAUUACAUCGACGUGAUAGUGGUUAUAACGACUCUUAUACAGGAACUAUUGUCUCUGCAACUGGAAGUGCAGCGCUCCCUGCGACAACUACAUAUACGGAAUGGGCAAGUGCGAGCGUAUGUGGUUUCGUCGACGGAAUUCUAGACUACUCCUCCGAAAUCGCAUGCUACGGCUACACACAAUGCGUCUUCCAUACAGCAGAUGUCAAUUAUCCCGCCAUGGUAGGCUGUUGCGACAAUGCCUAUUCCCAACAAUGCCUGUUCGAGACCACUUGCUACGACAGCGCCCAAGUCGCCGCAACUCCUACUCUGACUGAGUCACCUGCAAAUGAAUUCGCAAUCUUCUGCACGAAGCCUACCGCUGCCUCUUGUAUUCAGUGGACAUACCCAGAGCUGUCCAUCACAGACUACGGAUGCUCGAAUAUACAUACGACCCAGACACUAUAUUUGACGGCCCACCCAUACUCGAACAACGUCCCAAUUAGCAAGAGUCUCAGCUAUUACAACGGAAUACCCACAGUUGCAUCUGUGAUCGGAUCUCUGGUGAACGACAACUUCAUCUCGGACUACUUCAACCAAGCUGCCGCCACAGGAUCAGUGAAUCGAAACGUACCAACAUCCUCUGGCGCUGCUUCAUCAGGUGCGGCCUCAGGUUCAGCAACAGGAUCGUCGGCGGCAUCUAAUUCCGGGUCUCACCAUUCCAACACCGCCGCAAUUGCUGGAGGUGUGGUGGGUGGAGUAGUAGGCCUGGCUGGCAUCGGUGCAGCCAUCUUCAUGUUCUUCUUGAUGAAAAAGAAGAAGAAGAAUCAACAGCCCACGUACGAGCCAGCUCCUACGGGGGGUAGCACUAUGUCAUCACCACCACCUCCUCCCCCUCCCCCUCCCAUGAGCGAUGUUCCCUCACCGUCGGAGGUCAGUGGAUCCUCGUACCACAAAUACGCCGCUGUCGAUGCAUACCAAGCAGAACAGAAGUUCCAAUCCGGUCCCCUACCACAAGAGAUGGAUGCGCGAAGCUUUGUUGCCGAGCUUCCUGUGUCGGCUCCGGAUCAGCGGCCUCUUUCGUACGCGGAGACGCCGAUUUCCUAUACAUCGGGGCAUAGGUAUUGA